AUGGAGAUUCAAUCAGCCGAACCAGCGCACAACAUUGACGUUCCUAUAGACGCUAUAAACGACGAGGAUGCAAUCUUCCAAGAACUAGAGAGGGAUGAUGACAUGGAAGGCGCCCUAUUUCGUGAACAACGGAUGGAACAAUUACGCAGAGAGGCGCAUAAACUACAAGAGAUGAAGGCUAGCGCUCAUGGCACAUACGAAGAAAUCAGAACGGAAAAGGAAGUGCUAAAGAUUACUACCACGACAAAGUUCUGUGUCGUCCAUUUCUUCCACAAGGAGUUUCGCAGAUGUCAGAUUAUGGACAAGCAUUUAGGAAUACUAGCACGUAAACACUUCAAGACACGAUUCAUCAAGGUGGAUGUUGAUAAUGCACCCUUUUUGGUGGAUCGACUUAAAAUACAAGUGCUGCCUUGUGUUGUUUGUUUUAUUGAUGGAAUUGCUGCUGAUAGACUUGUAGGAUUCGACGAGUUGGGCUUGACAGAUUCCUUCCAAACCAACCUGUUGGAACAACGUCUAGACAAAGCUAGUGUAAUUAUGAUCAUCGACCAGCCCACCCACCAAUCUCGUAAGACUAUUUUCGGGUUUAACGACAAGAAGAAUAACGACGAUGACGACGAAGAUGAUGAAGAUGAUUGA